AUGAAUCACCAGCUGGCACUACUGAUUUGGACAAUAGUUUUGGCCAAUGCAGCGAGUAAGGGCAAAGUUAUACUUGAGCAGAAACCAUACGUCACCAAGGCGGAACGAACUGUGAUAGUUACGCUGGAUCGCGACAGACAGCAUGCAGUUUUGCCCUGUGAAGUGGGUGGAAAUCCGACCGAUUACACGUGGUUCAAGAACGGAGAAAAGAUGGAUCUUAGUCACUACAGAUUCAACCUGACUGAUAACUUGCUAACGAUCGAUUUGUUGAUCUUUCUUGAUAAUGGUGAAUACACGUGUAGUGCAUGUAACGAUGCUGGGUGUGCGAACAGUACAGUUAAUCUGGAGGUAUAGGUGGAAGUUGAUGAGACAAUUCUGACGAACAGAACUGCAACAGUUGGUUCUUUCGUUACUUUUGUUUGUUCACUACGUUUUACAGACAUGGCUAGAAAUCCUAGUAUUGAUUAUCAAUAUUUCAAAUCAGAUGGAGAUAGAUUAGAGCUCAAGUCUUCGCAGAAUAUUUUGAAAUUUGAAAACGUGUCUUUCAGCGAUGCUGGUUGGUACAUUUGCAAAGCAUUUUAUUACGAAAAAGAACUGUACAUUGAGGUUGCCAACAGAAGUGUGUUUCUGCAAGUGGUCAAUGAGUCAUCGGAAGUCCCUCUGUACGCUAUUCUCGUACCGGUAAUGCUGUUGAUACUAGCAUUACUGGUGGGGUUCGUCAUCUACUUCUAUCGCCAAACGCAGCUCAAGAAGACGUACUAUGAACGGUUGAUAAAGGUGGUGACCGUUUCGAGGAAUGCAGCUCAAGGCAGUUCCGAGAGCUUCCAAAUGCCGGUUGUGAAAAUUGAGAAGCAUCGGACGGUUAUGGUUCAAAAUGACGCGUACGAUUCGGUUCCAGAUUUGGAGUAUGAAUUCCCCGUUGAUUUGAGGUGGGAACUACAGCGACAAAGAAUCGUCUUGGGAAAGCUGCUUGGAGAGGGAGCUUUCGGUAGAGUUGUGCAGGGAAAAGCUUCCGGAUUUGCGGAGGGAGCAAACAGUAUACCGGUUGCUGUGAAAAUGUUGCGCGAAAAUCACACCGAUGAAGAGGUGAAGGAUUUGGUGUGCGAGCUGGAGAUCAUGAAGAUGAUUGGAAAGCAUCCAAACGUUAUUAGUUUGGUUGGAUGCUGCAGCAACGAGGGUCCUCUGUACGUCAUCAUCGAGUACGCAACUCAUGGCAACUUGAAGAACUUUCUUCGCGGUUUUCGAUUUGAGGGAAGUUUUGACAAGCUUGAUAAGCAAGCUAUUUCUGUGCAACGGUUGGUAACAUUUGCAUUACAAAUUGCUACUGGCAUGGAGUAUUUAUCAUCAAUCAAGUGCAUUCAUCGAGACUUGGCCGCACGGAACAUUCUGGUCAGCGAAGGUUACGUCAUGAAGAUUGCCGAUUUUGGACUUGCUCGGGAUGUCCAGGAUCAUGAGUACUACCGGAAGAUGACAGCCGGGAAGGUUCCGAUUCGUUGGAUGGCACCGGAAUCGCUGGAGAACUUUUUCUUUGAUUCGCGAACGGAUGUCUGGUCGUUUGGUGUACUUCUUUGGGAGAUCAUGACUCUUGGUGCUCAACCGUACCAACACAUAUCAGCGUGGGAGCAUUUGUUGCAGCACUUGAAGGAAGGCAAUCGAUUGAAGGAGCCAACUCAAUGUCCUUGGAAUGUCCUUUCUGUAAUGAAGGAGUGCUGGCAAAUUACACCCGAGCAACGUCCAUCAUUUGGGGGCAUCGUAGAAAGAUUGAAGCUUUAG